CGUAGGGGAGCUUGGUGGAGCCAGGCUGAGAGGGCGGACCGUUUGCCGCCGACCCUUACGAACCUGAUCUGGGUAAUGCCAGCGCAGGGAAGCGGCGUCUCGUCUUUUGCAACUAUCGAAGUCGCCAGGCCCUUGCCUUGGCGGCUUUAUUUUUUGCGGAGGUAGAUUAUGACUCAGACUCAGUCAGACCUGGAGAUUCAAGGCCAAUCAGCAUUUCCCGCCAGCAAGAAAGUCUAUGCUACGGGUUCCCGCGAUGACAUUCGUGUGCCCUUCCGCGAGGUAACCCUGACGCCCACCUCAGGGCGGUUCGGCGAAGAACAGAACGAGCCUCUGAAAGUUUACGACACCAGCGGGCCUUACUCCGAUGACGGCGCCAAGCUUCAUUUGGGCCAGGGUCUUCCCGCGCUGCGCCGCGCCUGGAUUCUGGAACGGGGCGAUGUCGAAGAGUACUCUGCCUCGCCCGUGGUGUACCGUGGUCAGGACAAGGGUCGUGCCGUUACCCAGAUGCACUACGCCAAGCAGGGCAUUGUAACCCCUGAAAUGGAGUACAUUGCCAUCCGCGAAGGUGUGGAACCUGACUUCGUGCGCGAAGAAAUAGCUCGUGGGCGAGCCAUCAUUCCUUCAAAUAUCAAUCAUCCAGAAUCAGAACCGAUGAUUAUUGGCCGCAACUUCCAGGUCAAAAUCAAUGCCAACAUCGGCAACUCUGCCAUCACUUCCUCCAUUCGAGAAGAGGUGGAAAAGAUGCUAUGGGCCACUCGCUGGGGCGCCGACACGGUAAUGGACCUCUCCACCGGCAGCGACAUCCACACCACUCGUGAAUGGAUUGUUCGCAACUCCCCGGUGCCCAUCGGUACCGUGCCCAUUUACCAGGCCCUCGAGAAGGUAGACGGCAAUCCUGAAGAACUGACUUGGGAAAUCUACCGUGACACCAUCAUUGAGCAGUGUGAGCAGGGUGUGGACUACUUCACCAUCCACGCCGGUGUGCUGUUGCGCUACGUGCCCCUGACAGCCAACCGCAUCACCGGAAUAGUAUCCCGCGGCGGUUCCAUAAUGGCUGGUUGGUGCCUGGCCCACCACCAGGAAAAUUUCCUCUACACCCAUUUCGAGGAACUCUGCGAAAUCAUGCGGGUCUAUGACGUGUCCUUCUCUCUGGGUGACGGCCUCCGCCCCGGCUCCAUCGCCGACGCCAACGACGAGGCGCAGUUUGGCGAGUUGCAGACCCUGGGUGAGCUGACCCAGUUUGCCUGGGAACACGACGUGCAAGUCAUGAUCGAGGGACCCGGCCACGUGCCGAUGCACAAGAUCAAGGAGAACAUGGACCGGCAGCUUGAAGUUUGCCACGAGGCGCCCUUCUACACCCUGGGGCCCCUAACCACCGACAUUGCCCCGGGCUACGACCACAUCACGUCUGGCAUCGGCGCCGCGAUGAUUGGCAUGUACGGCACGGCCAUGCUCUGUUAUGUAACUCCAAAGGAGCACUUAGGCCUCCCCAACAAGCAGGAUGUUAAAGAAGGCGUUAUCACCUACAAGAUUGCCGCCCACGCCGCCGACGUGGCCAAGGGGCACCCUCGGGCUGCAGAUUGGGACGAUGCCCUGUCAAAGGCCAGGUUUGAGUUCCGGUGGGAAGACCAGUUCAAUCUGGCUCUCGACCCGGAAACCGCUCGCGCUUACCACGACGAAACUCUGCCGGCCACGGGAGCCAAGGUUGCCCACUUCUGUUCCAUGUGCGGCCCCAAGUUCUGCGCCAUGAAAAUUACGCAGGACGUGCGGGAGUACGCGAGGAACCGGGGGCUGAACCCCGACAACGCCAUUGCUGUCGGAAUGGAGGAAAAGUCCGAGGAAUUCCGGCAGGCCGGAAGCAGGAUUUACCAGAAGUCUUAA